AUGGAAAAUAUCGAACCAGGCGGCAAAGGUACUCGAAGAAAACACCCGGCAACAGUCGACAACCUCCAACCCGGCCACGCUCCAGUAGGUUUCCCAUCAGAUGAAACAGACUCAGAAAGUGAUCUAGAGGCCGCAUCGCUCACAUCACCAACUCUCAUUCCACUCUUGACUCUGCGAGCCGACACUCCAAUGCUGGGAGCACAAGCACGAGCCGCAGAGUUGGCCGCCGCAUCAGCUGCAAAGCAGCGACAAGUGAGUCGAGACAUUGAAGAUCGACAACUUCCUCCAAACCCAGCAGUCUCCUUGAGCGCUUUCACGAAACCUCCACCAGCGAGUCGAAACAGAGGGAACAAAACUUGGAAACCCUUGGUACUUGACGACAUCAGCGAAGACAAUACACCGGAACGCAUCACUUCCAAGGAAGCUUCUGACAAGAAAAUACCAACUGCUCCACGUGCCAUGGUUGCACGGUCGCUUUCUACCGUUGUUGCCCAACCUCAACCUAAAGAAUCCCCACAUGGUCCGUUCCCUUACCCGGUCAUUCCCCCGAAUAUGUACUUACAUCAGCCGAUGUUUUUAGGCGGUAUGCCAAUGUAUGGAAACAUGAUGGUCCCAGACGACAUGAGCCCGACGAAGCAAGAACAGAAGUUUUCGAUGCUUGAGAACGUUCCAUUCCCGUAUAGUCAGGAGUUUCCUCAAGACCUGUUCAACCAAGACUUUGGUCAACAGUACCUCUGGAACGAUCCCUAUCACUCAGGAUACCAGAUGCCCUACCAAGAUCAGCAUACGCGUGAUUCGUACUUUCCUCCGCAAUCAAACCCACAAAGUGAACUCACUGACCAGCAACGCGCUUAUGAGUCCAAAGAGCCGUACGAUACUGAACGGGCGAUGAAAGAAUGCGUGAACAAUCUGAAAGAGAAGGCGAAAGAUGGAAAGACGGUUUUGCACAAUCCUAACUCUCAGAAAGAGCCGGUGUCCACAUCGACGGUGAGAAGAGCAUCAGGAAAUCGUCCACCGCUUGUUCCAUGGGAUGUUCGGCCAAAGGAGAGCAUUCAAAACAAUGAAUGGGAAGUAAUGCCUCCUCCUGAACCAUCUACCUUUACCGAGAAAGAUCUCAGCAACAUCAAGCCACCUCCGGGUCUUCCUGUUCCUAGCAACCUCGGCCAAGCGAUAUCUCUAGAACCAUCUGACUCUGCCCCAAAGGUCGGAUCUAUUGAAUGGAUGACCCUUGCUCCCAUUACAUCUGCUGAGCGUGAUCGAGUUCGCCGACGCAUGGCACUUGCGGCGAAAUCCGUCACCAACGAGGUUCCACAGGAAGCAAUUACACGAGACAAGGAAGACAUUGCUGAAACGCAAAAGUGGUUCCAUACGGACGCUCGUGGCGAAAGACUUUUGAGAAGGCAAGUCGAUCUCAGUGCUCAAAUUCAUGCUUCCAAGGUCAUCUCCAACACCAAAGCUCGCAAUGGUGGAGAGUUACCGGAACAAUUUCAAGAUGGAAAGGAUGAUGGGCUUGCUGCAACACUGAUACUUGGAAAUGUAGCUUGCAACUUACAAACAUAUCUUGUGGGUGAUCGGAAAUCGUUGGAUCAGAGAAGAAACUUUCAGAAGGUCAAGGCUGUGCCGGAUUGGUGCACAGAGCGGGGCGGGCUAGCAGUUGGAGGAGUGGGUGGUGGUGAUAGCUAUUUUGAUGGUGCAGCGGGUGGCUUCUAUGGUGCGCCAGUCCGAGUUGCUAGAGAUCCACGAUUCAGGCCGCAGGUCAAAGAGGGUAUCAAGGUCAAGCCGGAAGAGGAGUGGAAGCAUAGGCAUGAGAUGUAUGGAAGAAGAAUGAUGUGA